AAAAAUCGAGAAUCGAAUUGACUUGAAAAACAGAUUCAUAACCUUCAAUUUGCUCUAUCACUAUUAUCAUAGUCACUAUUAUUUACUCGCUAAACGAUUACAGUAAUUUUUAUGUUUUACCUGUUUUAAUCAUUUUUCAUCAACAUUAAAAAUAUAUCCAAUAUUUUUUGAAAAAAUUCAUUGUACAAAGUUUGUGUUACAUUAUAAGAGCGACUGGUUUUUAUUAUGCAAUGUCAAUAGAUUACUCUCUCCAAUUUGGAAUGAGAUUUCUAAACUGGUUUUUUAUUUAAGAUUUGACAGUUUUUCAAUGAGAACCACUAAUGAAGUUACCUGAAAUUCGUUAAUCUUAGGAAAAUUAAAAGACACAAUAUUCAACAUGACAAAUUGGGAAACUUUUUAUUCAAAAUAUGCACCUCCACCAAAAUAUGAAACAAUUUUGAAAAAUGUGACAAAAUUCAGUCAGUCAAAUGAACACCGGAGGAUUGUUUUAGUCACGUCAGGAGGAACAACUGUGCCAUUGGAACAUAAUACUGUGCGCUUUGUGGACAAUUUCAGUGCAGGAACAAGAGGCUCAGCAUCAACAGAAUAUUUUCUGCAGGAAGGAUAUGCUGUAAUUUUUAUGCACAGGAUCAACUCUCUGGAGCCCUUCGUAAGACACUUCCAAGGCCAUGAUCUACUCAACAUGCUUGAAAUGAAAGACAAUGAAGGUGGAGACACCUCAAUAUCUGUUAAAAGCGAUUGUCUUCCGAAAUUGGCGCCGUUGCUGAGGUUGUACAAGAAGGCAAUAGCCGAGAACAGAUUGAUGAAGGUUGGAUUCACGAGCCUCUCGGACUACCUGUGGCUGCUACGGGGUGUGGCUGGUAUAUUGUCUUCGGCGGGGUCCAGGGCUAUGCUAUAUCUAGCAGCAGCCGUGUCAGAUUUCUAUAUACCUGCCGAUCAAAUGCCAGAACACAAAAUACAAUCAAAGGAAGGUGCACCCGUAAUCAGCCUAUGGCUGGUGCCUAAAAUCCUGCAGCCUCUUGUCAGUCUGUGGGUGCCUGAUGCUUUCGUCAUUUCAUUUAAAUUGGAGACUGAUGACUCAAUUCUCAUUUCAAAAGCACACGAUGCGCUCGAUAAGUACAAACACAAGCUUGUGAUCGGCAACCUACUCCAAACCCGUAAACACCACGUGGUCCUUGUCUCGGCCACUGAAGAGACUGAACUCAAUUUGACGCCCGAAGAAAUACAAUCAGGUGUCGAAAUUGAAAAGAGACUUGUUGCAAAACUUAUAGAAAAGCAUGGCUCAUUCAUGGAAGGAAAUCUAUUGUAGUCUACAUUUCAGUAUACGUUUUCGUGAAUUAUAUUUAUAUGGUAAUAGGAAAAUGUUUUUAAAUAAAUUCAUAGAUGUUUAAGAGAAUAAAUUUUUCAUGUGGAAAAUUGAACGUA